AUGUCCGAGCCCAACAAGUACCGAGAGUGGAUCCUGGAAACAAUCGACUCCCUUCGCUCCAGGAAAGCGCGUCCGGACCUGGAGAGGAUCUGUCGAAUGGUCCGGAGACGACACGGGUCAGACCCGGACCGAACCAGGACAGAGCUGGACAAACUGAUCCAAGAGCAGACGGUGCUCAAAGUUAGCUACAAGGGCUCCAUCUCGUACCGGAACGCGGCCAAGGUGCAGAGGAAGAGCCGAAAGAAGAGUGAGUUCAUCCCGGCGGCGGCAGCGAGGGAGCGGAGCAGACACGAGCAUCCGAACAACAGCUUCACCGACCAGGAGGAGGGAGAGGAGCCGGAGCCCAGCCCGGAGCCCAGCCCGGAGCCCAGCCCGGAGCCCCACACCCAGACCUCCGGCACCCGGACCCCCGGCACGGAGCUCGAUCCUGAUGCCUCCAGCCGGAGCAGCGGAACCGGGAGCCUCGACUGUGGCGCUGCAACACCGGGCUGCAAAGAGGAGCCAGCAAGUGCACCGAGAGACGAGGGGUUCGAACCUCAGGCAGCGGCGGGAGGCUGCACGGAGCCCGGGGCCGGCAGCGGCCGCGGGGCGACGCCGAGCAGGAGCGAUGCUGUCCGCGGAGGAAUGGAGCCGGGUCCGUCCGGAGCGGAGAGCCGGAACCAAACUUCCAGCCUCCCGCAACAACAACAGCAGAGGCAGCCCGCGCCCCUCCAGCCCGAACUUGGAGUCGGAGGAGGGGGGGGCACCGGAGCGGCGGGGACCCGGGCCAGCUCCUCCGACCUGGGCGACCGGCUGGUGGCGUCCGUCCGCCGCCUGUCCGAGAGGAGCCGCCGGGGGGGGGGCUCCUCCGCCGCCGCCGCCUCCUCCUCCACCGCCGCGGCCAGAGGCCACACGCAGCCGCUCGGACUCAAGGAGAUCCUGGGCUACCUGAGCAGCCAGGAGCAGCUGUCCGAGGAGAAGCUGACCCGAGGCAGAGUCAAGCUGGUCCUGGAGCGAGAGGUGGCGAGAGGCCGGCUGCGCAGGACCCGCUGCGGGAACAUCACUCUGCCCCCGGGGGGGAGGGUGGAGGUGGAGGUGGAGGAGCCGGCGUCCAAGAGGAACGCGUCCGCGGACAGACUUGGGAAGAGCGCCCUGCAGGAGGAGAACACACCGAGGAGCAAGCCGCCGCCCUCGUCUCCUGUACAGGAGCACGAGCCAAUGGAAACAAGCAGCGAAGAAGUGGAACGGGGAGAGAACGAGGAAGAGGAGGAGGAGGAGGAAGAGGAUGCUGAUGAUCCCCGGAGUUCUGAUGAGGAGGGAGGACCAACGCCUGUAGCCAUGACAACCGAACCAGGGCUCACGGAGAAGCCCGCAGAAGAUGCUGAGAUCCAGGCAGCGUCAAAGGAGGGGAGCCCCCAUCAGCGGCAGCAGCCCAGUGGCAAAGGGAUGGAUUCCCUGGUGUUGCAGUGUAGCAGUGCACCCUUGGAGGAGAGAGCUGACCUCCCUGAUCAGCCACAUAUGGCAGCAAAAACACAGACCCAGCCGCAGCAUGACGGGACCAACCACACCUCCUCAGGCUUCAACAACAUGGAGUGUAUGACAGAGGUCGGUGUGUCGUCCUGCCUGCUCACACCCACUGCCUCCCCGAGAGACUCCGGCCUGUCUGAGGAGCUAGGGAUAAAUGGAGGCGUUGGCAGUGGAGGGUUCAUGAAGUGUGAGGGGACCAGUGGGAACCCGGUGGACUGGACAGUUUCUGAUGUGGUCAGCUAUUUCACGGCAGCAGGUUUCCCUGAGCAGGCCGCUGCCUUCAUGACCCAGGAAAUCGAUGGCAAGUCUCUGCUCCUCAUGCAGCGCAAUGAUGUCUUGACUGGCCUGUCAAUCAGGCUCGGCCCUGCCCUCAAGAUCUAUGAGCGGCAUGUGAAGGUUCUGCAGAAAACACACUUUGAGGACGACGACUGCUAA